AUGUCUGAUGAGGGAAGAACGGUGGAUGGUGAGGGAAAACCGCUCCAGACAGUUGCUGCUGAUGAAAACGAUGGCCGUAGCGGUCGGGAACCAUCACGGCCAUCGCCACCAGCGGCAUCUUCACAGUCGGAACGUUCGUUUAAUCUGAUAACUCCACCAGCAGCAGCGGCAUCCGAUGAAACGCACCGUGCUCCACUAGCGGAACCCGAAACAACCGAACAGCAUCACCACCCCCAGCACCAUAAUCCGAAACAUCGUGAAAGCAUCUGGGAUACAUAUGUCCAAAUGACUGAUGAUACGGUGCGCAAACGACGGAUGAGUCGUCGACAGGAAAGUCUGGUCCAGGCUGAGCAUCUGGCCAGUCUCGGUGAGCCGCUUAUUCAAGAGAAAAAUUGA